UGAAUUAGAAGAGGCAAAAAUGAUGCUGCUGGGUGCUGUGUGUCCUGGGAACCGUCUGGGUUUGGGUGAAUCACGGCCCAUGCGCUGGCUCCGAGGGAGCCCAUGGAACAGAAAAUGAGGUAGAGCCAUCCAAAACAUCCCUCUUUGAAUCAGGAGCCAAGUCAGGCCCAUGGCUGCACUGAAAGGCACUGUAACAUUUACUUCAUCUUAACUGCAGGCUUCUCUCGGGGCUGCUGUCUGGGCCUUUGGGGUUUUUAGUUUCUUCUUUCUCUUCUUGCUGUGUAGCAGGAGGUCUUAUGAUGUGGUUAGUCUUGAGGUGAUAUUUAGCUUCACAUCAGUGGGCUUAUUCCUUGCCUGGAGACAUGCAAAUGUGUCAGGUUACUGACAUAUCUCCUUGUGAAGGGGAAGAGCAAGCCUCACGGGCAUCUGCUUUCAGCAAGAAACAAUACUGCUUUUCUUCUGAAAGCAUAACAUUAACAUGGGGAGAAGAGGUAUUUGUGGUGGGAUUAGCCCUGCUGAAGGAAGGGUUGACCAGCUCGUGCUCUGGCUCAGUCCGGGGGUGAAGGAGCUCAUAGACCCAGCACCUCCUGUGACCUCCAGCCUGUAGCCAUGCUCUGAAAGUAGUGUGUUUGCUGCAGGCAGAAUUCAUCCUCCAAACCUGUGUUACCUUUACUUGGGUGGGGGCAGAUCCCAGAGUUAGAGCAGAUGAAACUGGUGCUGGUUCAAAAACAUCCCUGCCCAGUGAGGGCAAUAACACGGAGCCUGCAAAAGUGGGAAGAAACGACAUGGUCUGGUGUGAGGUGUCCCUGCGCAUGGCAGGGGGUUGGAAUUGGAUGAUCUUAAGGUCCUUUCCAACCCGGACCAGUCUGUGAUUCUGUAAAACAGCUUGGACUCACAAAUACCACACUGCCCCUUACGUACCCAGGCUGGAGGGCAGAGAAUGGUCUUCCUGAAGGAGCAGGCUGCAAAACACAGCCUCUGAGACCUCAGAAAGACAGAGCUGCUCCCAGCGUGCCACCACCGCGCUGCUUUGUCCUGGGAAUACUUCUCUGUGCAGUUUAACCUGGAGUCUGACCCCACUUGUCACUGAAGGCAGCUCUGCCUCCUCAUGCAGUCACCGCAGUGAGCCCCGUCUGUGGGAACCCGCCAACAGAGCUGCAGCUCUGACACUGCAGUGGGUGCAGAUGUCACCUCAGAGGCAAGGCACUGGCUGUAAGGCCCUGAGCUGUCCCUGCCACUCUGCAGGCAUUACUAGGCUCUCAAAUGGAGGCUUUUAAACUACAGCAUCUGCCGUCUGAGCUUCCCCUUUGGGGAAGAGAAAGCAGGAGGGGUGAUGACCUCUUCCAAAAGUUACUUUCUUGUGCGGUGUUUUCACCCUCUGUGGCUGUGGGGAGGGUGUCCACAUCAGGCCGGGGGGGGACAACCCACACUGGAAAUACACUCUUGUGUGUAGAGUUUGGAGAGGAUUCAGCCUCCCCUGCCCCCUGCCAGAAAGGGUUACCCAGCCCCUCAGUACCCCCAUGAUGUCCCUCCUGUCAUCUUCCAUGGUCUGGAUCUAAAUCCUGAGCUCAGAGGGGAGCACUAAACUGCCUGCUCCUCAUCCUGCUUGUGUGGUGGAGAGGUGCCUCUUGCUGCAUCUCGCUUGCAGGCAGUCCCUCCGCUGCCUGAUGGGCUCUGCCAGAGCUGCUGCACUGGGGUCUUCUAACCCAGAAUGGCUUCAUUUAACAGGGCUUUUCCCUUUAUUAUAUAAACUAACCUGACUUUAAAACUGGUCUGAACGCCUUUUAGGGGAAAAACAGGAUACCAAUUAAAGCCCAGUAUAACUAUUUUUUGGUCUUUUAUUAUGCUGCUGCCUUUUCUUAUGCAUAUGGAGACGCAGAUAGGCUCUGGUUUGUAUGGCUUAGAGGCAUGUAAAGUGACUGUCCUGCUCCUAAGGAAGUGAUGUGGUCUCUGUACAGUUUCUUACUUGAGAAUUUCCAACUUGUGCAGCUCAUUUAAAUUUCAGGGGGUGGGGGGUGGCUGGUGACCAACAGGACGUUCUUAGAACUGACAGUUGUGGUGCAAUAUAAAGGGCUCUUUGUUUGCCUAAACCUUGGGAAUUCAGCAUUUGAAAUGUGUGUUUCUGAGGGGCUCUGUGAAGUUUUUUGCAGAGGCUGCUGAUAAAACAGCUUCCAAAAGAAAAAUGUGGAUAUUGUCCUGCAGAGCAGCAGAAGGAACUGGCCCGGCCUGGGGCUGUAGGUGCAGCAGGGACGGAUCCGCUCCCUGCUCCCUCUCCUUUAACUUCAGAGCAGCCAGGAGCAAGCAUGGAGAAGGAAACAAAAAGGCGAUGCUGGGGGUGACACCAGGCAGCUUGUGGCUCUCCUUGUCCAGCAGCGUGGAGCAAUCUUGCAGGAGAAAAGACAGAAAGAGCACGAAAGAGCUUGUGGAGGGGAAUGAUCAGCUUUUGGGAAAACACUGGCAGCUCCCUGGGCUGGACUCGGUGCCAGACAGGAAGCCGGUGACGUGGAAGUGUCUCGCCGGGAUCAUGAAUGACCGGGCGUGCGCGCUCAGCCUCCGCUCCGUGCCCUGCCCUGGCUGAGAAAACCAGGAUCAGCUCAUCAGAAACAGCACAGAACGGCUGUGAGAAGAUCAGGACCACAUGAACGGAGGAAGGUUUCUGUGAAGAUCAGAGUCGCCCCAGCCCUGCCCCGGGAAGUGGCCCAGCAGCGCUGCAUCUCUGCCUGUCAUCACUACGGACCUGGAAAAGAAAGAAGAAGAGAAGAAAAAUGUCCCAUGCUUUAAAGCAAGUGUUCAAUAAAGACAAAACCUUCCGGCCCAAGCGCAAGUUUGAGCCGGGGACUCAGCGGUUUGAGCUGCACAAGAAGGCUCAAGCCUCCCUCAAUGCUGGCCUGGACUUGAAAGUUGCUGUCCAGCUGCCACCAGGAGAGGAGCAGAACGACUGGGUGGCCGUGCACGUGGUGGACUUCUUCAAUCGCAUCAACCUGAUCUACGGCACCAUCAGUGACUAUUGCACAGAGCAGUCCUGCCCUGUCAUGUCGGGGGGACCCAAGUACGAGUACCGGUGGCAGGACGAGCACAAGUACCGGAAACCCACAGCCCUGUCUGCUCCCCAGUACAUGAACCUCCUGAUGGACUGGAUUGAGGUACAGAUCAACAACGAGGACAUCUUUCCCACUAAUGUCGGUACUCCCUUCCCCAAGAACUUCCUCCCAGUGGUGAAGAAAAUUCUCUCCAGGCUCUUCCGGGUCUUUGUCCAUGUCUACAUCCACCAUUUCGACAGGAUCACCCAGAUGGGGUCGGAAGCCCACGUGAACACCUGCUACAAGCACUUUUACUACUUUGUGAAAGAGUUCAAUCUGAUAGACACCAAGGAGCUGGAACCACUGAAGGAAAUGACCUCCCGGAUGUGCCACUGAGCUCAGACAUUCCUGCUCCCGCCUCGGCCUCUCGCGAGGACUCUGAGUCCCACUCCUGCAUGGGAGACGUGAUUCAAGGGGAGAACAGAGACAUUUUGUUAACAAAUCUAUAUAUUUUUAAUGAGUUUCAAUGUCAAACUGUGAUACUGCAGGAAUAUUUUUUUAAAGAUGCUCUAGAUAAACUAGUUUUUUAUAGUAAUUUCUAUUAAAAAAAAAAAAAGAAAAUAUUUGGGGCCACUUGAUGGAAAUGCUCACUGUUGGAGGAGGGAAGAGCCACCCUCAGCUGCCUCCUCCCCAUGCCCUCAUGCAGCAGCACCACGUGAGCCGAGCCAGAUGCUUCAGAUAGAGCCGUGUCCUGUAGCUGGUGCUGCCAUGGAAGCGGUACUUCCCUCCAGACACCCAAUUCCCACCCAUGAAUGGUGUCUGUGGUGUGGACGUGGAUCCCCUGGGGUGCUGUUUGGUUCCAGCACCUCUUCCACUGGCUGUGAGUCCAGUUUUUGGACAGAGCUGCUUUUGUAAUCACCCUCCACUUGGCAUCCUGUCCCCAAGGCUUGGCCCUCCUUCCUUUCCCUCAGUUGGGUUUGGGUUUCUUCCAUGGCAAGACCAGUGCUGCCGCUGCUAUUGUUAAUCUGCUGUUGCAUCUUACAGCAGCUCUGAGCUGAGCUUCUCCCCAUGCCCAGCCCAGCAGAGGGAUCCAGGCUGGCAGCCUCAGGCCAAGCAGACCUGUGCCUCGUGGGGCUGAGCAGAGGGAAGGCGCUGGGACAGGCAUGGGGAAGUCUUCUUCUCAAAUACGUGCAUUUACCAUCUCCCUGCGGUACGCUGACCCUGCCGAGAAGGAACUGAGCUGCUCGCCCCCCGGCCUCAGUGCCUGCACAUGGGCCAUUUUCUGCUUCCCAUUAGGGUACGGAGCCUUGUCCCUCUUCCCGAGCAGCACGUCCCCACUCAGCUGCACACAUCUCCUAACCAAAGUCUCUGGUGUGCAGUCAGAGGCCACCAGCCUUGCCUGCUGCUUGCACAAGCUGCUCUGCUGCGUGAGGAGAGCUUGGCAGUGCCCCCGAGGUAGGUAGGUUGCUCCACCUAGCAUUUUGGGGGGAGUGGGUGACCAGGGUUUACAGGAAGAGAAAGGGUUUCUAUGACCAGUGACCAAACUGUACCACUAACCACUUCUUCCUUACAAAGUUUUUCUGUGUCCUGGAAUCUCUGUACAUACGUGACUAUCAUUAGGACACUCAUACAAAUACCACUAUAGUUGUCUGAAAUGGAACCAAUAAAUUAUGUUGUAUUUACGUAUCCCA